CCUGUUGAACACGUUUUCUCAGCUGACAUUCCGAUCCUUGAGAGGAAAUCACUGGCGGGGUUAAUGGAGAUAGCUUCUUGAGUGGAAGAAGUGCUAGUAGAACAAGAUUUGUUUUGAGCAGACUAAAAGUAGAAGGCUAAUUUGGCUAGAGAUUCUGCAAGUGAGUAAAAGAGGCGUUCUCAUUCCAGUAGUGCUAAGAAAAAUGUGAUUUGAAUGUAGAUAUCUUGAAAAAUUGUGACACUUGUUGAAUUUAGCAGCGUAUGACGUGUGUUUGUUUGGUUGUAGAGUUAGGCGCGCAAACACGGAUAGUGAUACAUAUUUCUUAUAUGGAACAAUUUCCUGAACACUCGUAAGAAGUUAAUUGCGGUUGCUAGCUAGACAGUGACAGUGGCAAACAGGAAAUAAUCUAAUCCUGGAGGCGAACAGAAAACAAGCAAAAUGAAACGAUAUAUUUUUCUCAGUGAAGUGAAGUAACUAACCUCAGCAAAUCUGAUCCUUAAGAAAGACCUGAACACGACUUGCAGCCGAGUGUUUCAGAUCCAUUAAUAAAUUAAACGACUAAUUAGAUAUUUUCUCCGGCGGCCCAACACACAUACAGGAUUUGCAGCCGUGGAUAAUUCCGCCGCUAGAACCGAGAAAAGGUCAAGCCCAGGUAUGACCAUCGAUAUCGACGAUACAAUUGAGAUUGGUCUCUGGUGAAUGCUGUGAAUCAAAGUGCGCCGAUUUGUUCAACAAAACCGAUCUGUUGCUGGAGCAAGUGUUUGCGGACUGUCCGAGAAGCGUAAAACAAUGAGAUCUGACCUGACGGAUGACAAAAACGUUCUGCAAAUCGCUGCAGCUGAAAUUGCCGAAUCGUCCGACACAAGUGGAUUCUUCGAAAUCACCAGCAAUGGCUCUAAUGGACACAGCGGUCACCGAUCGGACGACUUGCUGCACGUACCGAACGAAGAUUACCUGAACUACCCGAGAACAACUCUACGACCCAAACGAUCCGCUAGGCGACUACAAACGGAGUCCGCCCUCGAUCCGGACAUGACGGAUUCGAGCUCCCAGAGUGACGACACCAGCUGCGGCAGCGGUAGCCGUAAUGGCAGUCGCGGUGGCAGCGGUAGCCGAAAUGCAUCCUCGCAACAUCACCAGCAAACCGCAGCAGCCGCUCGACGCCGGAAAGGGGUUCUUAAUGCGAAAGAACGCAAUUUGCGGCGGCUCGAGUCUAACGAACGAGAACGUAUGCGAAUGCAUAGCCUCAACGAUGCAUUCCAGUCGUUAAGAGAAGUCAUACCACACGUCAAAAAGGAACGACGCCUGUCCAAGAUAGAAACACUCACAUUGGCCAAGAACUACAUUACGGCUCUCACCGACGUUAUUAUUGUAAUGCGAGGUGAAGGGGAUGCUGCUGGUAUUCCGACAAGUGGCACAGCAGCAGCAACAGCAGCAGAGAUAUCACAAACAGGGGCGUUAGCGCCCAGCACAUUGCAGAACAAUUGCAUCGUGAAGGCGGAAGCUGAUCCCGGACAGCAUCAUCAUCAUCUUCUCCUUCACCAUCACAUUCCUGAUCAAAUUUCGUCCAACAUCAUCGCGCUUGAUGUACUGAACAACAGUGGUAUCAAUCAGCAAGGCCACCACCACCAUCCACCGAGUCUCAUCGAAAGUACUGAUAACCGCCGUCAUCAUCAUCAUCACAAUGGCAGCAGUGGCAACAACGAUAGCCUCAGUAUCGCCAAUUUCAGCAACCAUAACAACAAUAACAACAACAACAUCAUCCACAACAAUAAUAACAGCAACAACAACAACAACAGUGCAAAUAGUAUAGACAUUGAAAACAGUUUCUACGAGGAUCCGUUUCAAAUGAUGUAAAUCCUCCACACACUACAUGCUGGUGAAAGGCAUUAAAGCUCACGUUGAUCAUGUGAAAAUAUAAAUGGCUGUACAGACAACAUCGACUGGUUUAUUCUUUAACACAUCGCUGAAAAAAAUUAAAUUACUUUUCUUAGAGAAGUAAACCACAUUCGCCUGUUUACAAUGUCAGUACUGAAACAAUAAUUACAUAAGUGCUUAUCAGAGACAUUUUUAUUGUAUCGUAUUUUUGCAACAGCUUUACUUAUUUCAUGAAUUGUUCAAAUAAAAACUAUUGUCCUAUCAAAUAUUGUUAAUACGAGUGAACGCAUGAAAAAAAACUAUUUGUACACAUUUUAUGUAAAUAGCUUAAUAGUAAGCAAAGUUACGUGGACGUUACCAUUGGUAAGUACAAAAUACAAAUCAAAUCAAGCAAGAUACAUCAUUGGUGGGCGUUCUACCACCGAUAAAUGCAUAGAAAUAGUGCAUAAAUUAAUGCAAAAUGAUCAAAUUAUAAAAAUAAACUGCAUCAAUUGCUUAAAAACGAAAUUUACACUAGUGAAUUGAGCAUAAAUUAGUCCAGCAACAAUGAUUGAACAGUUAUUUAAUUUUAAGUAUGUGCAUAGUUAACUUCGUAUAUAGUAUAAUAAAAUAAAUUAAAUGUGCCAAAGUGUAUAUUUCUUGUAGAUGGCUAAGAAUAACAAUUUCCGUACAGCGCGUAAAUCGACAAUUGAGUGUCAUUCAAAUGGAUGAUUCAGAGAUAGUGCCGAUAAUGCAGAACUCUUAAUGAUUAAUCAAAACAACUAACGCACCGAUGGGUUUUAUUAUUAGCAGGUUUGGUUAAUUUGAUGGUGUUUUCAUACGUUUCUGGUAACAAGUUAAUUAAGUGCAUAAUAAACCAUUGAUUUACUAUAUAUGGUUGAAGGUUUUUCUUUUAUUCUGUAAAAGUAUAAUUCUGUAAAAAAAUAUAUUAGGAGUGUGUUUUGUAAAAAAAGGAUAUGUCGCAUGACAUAGGACAAUUUUUUUAUACUUCUUCAUAAUUGUCAUUUUUGAUUUGGCUGAAACUUCACACGUACGAGUUUGAGCUGCCAUUUUGUGCUAUUAGUUUGCUCUAAUCACUUAUUUUUGCGAGAAGCCUAUUUAAAAAAGGUAUCGAAUAAUACAAAUAUUUUUGAAACCAAAAUGGUUUAUUUAAUCGGUGCAACUUAUUCGGCAAAGUUGUAGAUAAUAAUUUUGUCUUUCCACAAAAAACAUACACUGUAAAAAAACUUUUUUUUUGGGAAAAAAAUAAUUUAAAAAAAACUUGUUUAUCUUAAAAAGUUUAUUUUUUUUAAAUCUUAUUUUUUAUGAAAUGAUCAAGCAAAAAAAAAACUAAUAGCACAAAAUGACAAGUUGCAGCCAGAUCAAAACUGGUUCAUUAAAAUCGUUGUCAUAUGUUGCUAGGAAUUGGGCAUAUUGCAGUUAGUCAUAUGAUUUAGUUAAAAUUGUUCUUAAUAUACGACUAUUCAACAGUUCUUUAUUUCGUAAUAGUAGGUUAAACACAACUAAUUUUAUUUAAGUUAAAAUAAAAUAAAAACAAUUAAAUUUUGAUUCGUUCAUAGAUUUUUAGGGUUAAACCGUCCUCUCGUAGUUUGUUGAUGACAUUCAUUUUAACUCUAUUGUCGAUUGGAAAGUGUAUUUUUGAGCCUGAUCUAACUUAUUCUAAGCUGUUGAACAAAUAUACAUUAAACCAGUAAAUUACCACUCACAACAAGCAUUUCAAGUUCCAUGCUUAUUUUUGAACAGAUCUUUGUUCAACAAAUCCAUGUUUUUCAGAGCAAAAUUUUCAAAACCACAAAGAACUAUGCAUAAGUCCUGCUUACUAAGUAUGUGUUGAACGCAAUGAUGAACUACUAGCUAUCAGAGAUAAGAGCAAAAACAGUGUGAACAAAAAUUUGAAAAA